UUUGGAAAGGACAAAGCCAGCAAGCUACCUCUUUUGUGUCGGAUGAGGAGGACCAACCAUGAGCCAGAGCCCGGGUGCAGGCUCACCGCCGCCGCUGCCACCGCGGUCAGCUCCAGUUCCUGCCAGGAGUUGUCGGUGCGAGGAAUUUUGUGACAGGCUCUGUUAGUCUGUUCCUCCCUUAUUUGAAGGACAGGCCAAAGAUCCAAUUUGGAAAAGAGAGAGGACUAGGAUGACACAUUGGCUCCACCAUUGAUAUCUCCCAGAGGUAGAGAAACAGGAUUCAUGAAGAUGUUGACAAGACUCCAAGUUCUUACCUUAGCGUUGUUUUCAAAGGGAUUUUUACUCUCUUUAGGGGACCAUAACUUUCUAAGGAGAGAGAUUAAAAUAGAAGGUGACCUUGUUUUAGGGGGCCUGUUUCCUAUUAAUGAAAAAGGCACUGGAACUGAAGAAUGCGGGCGAAUCAAUGAAGACCGAGGGAUUCAACGCCUGGAAGCCAUGUUGUUUGCUAUUGAUGAAAUCAACAAAGAUGAUUACUUGCUACCAGGAGUGAAGUUGGGUGUUCACAUUUUGGAUACAUGUUCAAGGGAUACCUAUGCAUUGGAGCAAUCACUGGAGUUUGUCAGGGCAUCUUUGACAAAAGUGGAUGAAGCUGAGUAUAUGUGUCCUGAUGGAUCCUAUGCCAUUCAAGAAAACAUCCCACUUCUCAUUGCAGGGGUCAUUGGUGGCUCUUACAGCAGUGUUUCCAUACAGGUGGCAAACCUACUGCGGCUCUUCCAGAUCCCUCAGAUCAGCUACGCAUCCACCAGUGCCAAACUCAGUGACAAGUCGCGCUAUGAUUACUUUGCCAGGACCGUGCCCCCCGACUUCUACCAGGCCAAAGCCAUGGCUGAGAUCUUGCGCUUCUUCAACUGGACCUACGUGUCCACAGUGGCCUCCGAGGGUGACUACGGAGAGACAGGGAUCGAGGCCUUCGAGCAGGAAGCCCGCCAGCGCAACAUCUGCAUCGCUACGGCGGAGAAGGUGGGCCGCUCCAACAUCCGCAAGUCCUACGACAGCGUGAUCCGAGAACUGUUGCAGAAGCCCAACGCGCGCGUCGUGGUCCUCUUCAUGCGCAGCGACGACUCGCGGGAGCUCAUUGCCGCGGCCAGCCGCGCCAACGCCUCCUUCACCUGGGUGGCCAGCGACGGCUGGGGAGCGCAGGAGAGCAUUAUCAAGGGCAGCGAGCAUGUGGCCUACGGCGCCAUCACCCUGGAGCUGGCCUCCCAGCCUGUCCGCCAGUUCGACCGCUACUUCCAGAGCCUCAACCCCUACAACAACCACCGCAACCCCUGGUUCCGGGACUUCUGGGAGCAAAAGUUUCAGUGCAGCCUCCAGAACAAGCGCAACCACAGGCGCGUCUGCGACAAGCACCUGGCCAUCGACAGCAGCAACUACGAGCAGGAGUCCAAGAUCAUGUUUGUAGUGAACGCGGUGUACGCCAUGGCCCACGCUUUGCACAAAAUGCAGCGCACCCUCUGUCCCAACACUACCAAGCUUUGUGAUGCUAUGAAGAUCCUGGAUGGGAAGAAGUUGUACAAGGAUUACUUGCUGAAAAUCAACUUCACGGCUCCAUUCAACCCAAAUAAAGAUGCAGAUAGCAUAGUCAAGUUUGACACUUUUGGAGAUGGAAUGGGGCGAUACAACGUGUUCAAUUUCCAAAAUGUAGGUGGAAAGUAUUCCUACUUGAAAGUUGGUCACUGGGCGGAAACCUUAUCGCUAGAUGUCGACUCUAUCCACUGGUCCCGGAACUCAGUUCCCACUUCCCAGUGCAGCGACCCCUGUGCCCCCAAUGAAAUGAAGAAUAUGCAACCAGGGGAUGUCUGCUGCUGGAUUUGCAUCCCCUGUGAACCCUACGAAUACCUGGCUGAUGAGUUUACCUGUAUGGAUUGUGGGCCUGGGCAAUGGCCCACUGCAGACCUAACUGGAUGCUAUGACCUUCCUGAGGACUACAUCAGGUGGGAAGACGCCUGGGCCAUUGGCCCAGUCUCCAUUGCCUGUCUGGGUUUUAUGUGUACAUGCAUGGUUGUAACUGUUUUUAUCAAGCACAACAACACACCCUUAGUCAAAGCAUCGGGCCGAGAACUCUGCUACAUCUUAUUGUUUGGGGUUGGCCUGUCAUACUGCAUGACAUUCUUCUUCAUUGCCAAGCCAUCACCAGUCAUCUGUGCAUUGCGCCGACUCGGGCUGGGGAGUUCCUUCGCUAUCUGUUACUCAGCCCUGCUGACCAAGACAAACUGCAUUGCCCGCAUCUUCGAUGGGGUCAAGAAUGGCGCUCAGAGGCCAAAAUUCAUCAGCCCCAGUUCUCAGGUUUUCAUCUGCCUGGGUCUGAUCCUGGUGCAAAUUGUGAUGGUGUCUGUGUGGCUCAUCCUGGAGGCCCCAGGCACCAGGAGGUAUACCCUUGCAGAGAAGCGGGAAACAGUCAUCCUAAAAUGCAAUGUCAAAGAUUCCAGCAUGUUGAUCUCUCUUACCUACGAUGUGAUCCUGGUGAUCUUAUGCACUGUGUACGCCUUCAAAACGCGGAAGUGCCCAGAAAAUUUCAACGAAGCUAAGUUCAUAGGUUUUACCAUGUACACCACGUGCAUCAUCUGGUUGGCCUUCCUCCCUAUAUUUUAUGUGACAUCAAGCGACUACAGAGUGCAGACGACAACCAUGUGCAUCUCUGUCAGCCUGAGUGGCUUUGUGGUCUUGGGCUGUUUGUUUGCACCCAAGGUUCACAUUAUCCUGUUUCAACCCCAGAAGAAUGUUGUCACACACAGACUGCACCUCAACAGGUUCAGUGUCAGUGGAACUGGGACCACAUACUCUCAGUCCUCUGCAAGCACGUAUGUGCCAACGGUGUGCAAUGGGCGGGAAGUCCUGGACUCCACCACCUCAUCUCUGUGAUUGUGAAUUGCAGUUCAGUUCUUGUGUUUUUAGACUGUUAGACAAAAGUGCUCACGUGCAGCUCCAGAAUAUGGAAACAGAGCAAAAGAACAACCCUAGUACCUUUUUUUAGAAACAGUACGAUAAAUUAUUUUUGAGGACUGUAUAUAGUGAUGUGCUAGAACUUUCUAGGCUGAUUCUAGUGCCCCUAUUAUUAACAAUUCCCCCAGAACAUGGAAAUAACCAUUGUUUACAGAGCUGAGCAUUGGUGACAGGGUCUGACAGGGUCAGUCUACUAAAAAAAAAAAAACAACAACAAAACAAAUAUAUGGUGGCAAUAUUAUGUAACUUUUUUUCCUAUGAAGUUUUUUGUAGGUCCUUGUUGUAACUAAUUUAGGAUGAGUUUCUAUGUUGUAUAUUAAAGUUACAUUAUGUGUAACAGAUUGAUUUUCUCAGCACAAAAUAAAAAGCAUCUGUAUUAAUGUAAAGAUAUUGAAAAUAAAACCUUCAAGGUUUUCCAGCA